UAAGACCGAGUCAGCUUGGGAUGUCUGCAUUGAAGCGGCCGAGGGGGUUGCGCAUUACCCUGGCCGACGUUUUGGCACCGGUCGGCUCACUGGCACCGUGGUGAAAGAAGUGGCGCUCGGUAGCCGCCUCCAUGUCAUCAGCUGUUCGUGGGAGAAUUGAGAAGCCGUGACGGCAUCAUAGAGUGGGAAGGGUGUGUUUUGGUAGAUGACCGCAACCUGCCCAUGAUGGUUCCAACUGAAGAAAGCCGCGCGGGGCAGACAGCCAAGCCGAGAAGCAAAUCACUUUACGCGACGCGUCUGAUGCACGGUGACGGAUAUCCGUCACUGCUGACUCAGCCAACUCGUGUUGGGCCGUUCGUUUUCACCCCUUCCUCCACUUCCAGACGCUGCCAUUCAGGAACUCCAUCCUCCGUCUCUUCUUUCGUACUAACGUUGGCAAACUGGGUCACAUUGGUUGCACAAUGUUCAAAAAACGAAAUGAAUUUUUCUUGUACAAGGUAAUUGUUCAUCGAAGGUAAUUUAUGUCGUGUUUUGGUACAAUCGGGUAGCGACCA